AUGCCUCGGUCGUUCCUGGUGAAAAACAAAAGGUGUGCAUCCUACAACGUCCACAGAUGGCACGGCGACGAGGCCCUCGGCGCCGCAGACAUUGUUCCUGCGGCUGAGAGCGGUGACCGGGAUCAGGACCGGGACCAGGACAAGGACCGCAGCUCCACAGACGAGGAGCAGGCCCCUGUUCAGCCCGAGGUCCCCAGAGAUCCAGCCACACAGCUCUUCUACCUCACAGACCCCUCUGCUUACUUCAAGCCGUCGAUCUGGGAGUCUGUGACCGGAGCCUACGACUUCAGACAGCUGACCUUCAGUCCCACCGUGCUCCAACACAGCGGUCACCUGUACAGCAGCAGCCCACCGCCCUCUCAGCCUCUGGACUGCUCCACACGCUACUCCCCGUCCUCCGACACCUACCACUGCAUCACCUGCGACAAGGUGUUCUCCACUCCUCACGGGCUGGAGGUGCACGUGCGGCGCUCUCACAGCGGCACGCGGCCGUUCGGAUGCAGCGUCUGCAGGAAAACCUUUGGCCACGCCGUGAGCCUGGAGCAGCACAUGAACGUGCACUCACAGGAGAAGAGCUUUGAGUGUAAAAUGUGCGGCAAGACCUUCAAGCGCUCGUCCACUCUGUCCACUCACCUCCUCAUCCACUCGGACACUCGGCCGUACCCCUGCCAGUUCUGUGGCAAGAGGUUCCACCAGAAGUCCGACAUGAAGAAGCACACCUACAUCCACACCGGUGAGAAGCCGCACAAAUGCCAGGUUUGCGGGAAGUCCUUCAGUCAGAGCUCCAACCUGAUCACCCACAGCCGCAAACACACCGGCUUCAAACCCUUCGCCUGCAACAUCUGCAACAAGGGUUUCCAGCGCAAAGUGGACCUGCGGCGCCACCACGAGAGCCAGCACGCCCAGUGA